AUAUCUCGUCCGUCGCUUGUCUGUCGAUCAAAGGGAUGAAAUAUAUACUUUUGGCUUCUAGUCUUCUAGGGGGCCCAAAACUCGUAUGAAUGACAUAAAACAGCUUUAUAUAUUUAUAUUCAAUUGUUCUAACAUGAAAUACUGAGCCGAUGCUAAAUAGUAAGACAGAAUUUGAUUAUUUUUAUUCUUUGUCUAUAUGUUUUUCUGUCCAUCUUUAAAGAUAUGGAGAAUAUAGGAUUGGACUUUCAUAAUGCCAACCUUCAAAACAUUCCAUCGGCAAUGCACCAGACGCCCUUGGUAUCACACAAUCAUGUUCCACAUGCGUCUAUGCUUCCAGAUUUUAGUCAUGCUUCAACUCAUAACGACACAGAGUUGCAAAAUCAGCUACAAAGUCGAGUGAUUCAUCCUCAGUUACCUGGUUUGGAUUUUUUUGGUUUUCGAGCCCGAAUGCCUCCUCCACCUCCUCCCAACCAAAUACUAGACAUGAAUUACGCAACACAUUCAGAAGCUUUUACUCCUGUUAGUAGAUUAGAAAAUCAGCAAUUUACAGCCCAAUCAUCCUUUAUAUAUCAUACACAACAACAUCCUCACGUUCCUAUUGUACAUCAUAAUACGACCAUGAUGCAAAGACCCUUCAGCGUUGAUUCUACUUUGAAAUCGCCUUGUUCUGCUCCUAAUUCAGUAAAAAAUCACCCCAUAUCUUCCCCUUCAACACCUCCAAAUGGUGAAUCCGAGCCAAAAAUGUUAUUACUUCGUGACAAAUCUGGGAAAAAUGUUGUUGUAAAUGCUAAUGUUGUACAAACUUUUGACUAUGAUGGAACACCCUCGAAACAAGCUGCUCAAAUUGAAAAUCUUAACUUUUCUUCUGGAACUUUUACAUCUGUUGACGCUGGUCUUUUAACUAAUCCCGUUAUGAUUAAAGACUUGAUUGGGGAUCAAAACGAAACUUCUGAGACUGAACAAAUGGGCGAAAUAGCCGUAGUUGAAAUAGAGGAUGAAACAAGAUCAUCUGAAGACAUUUCACGAAAAGAGCAUCAGGUUGCAGAUCAGAGAAGCAAAUCGGAAGUGGAAAAAGAAGAUGCGGAUGGGAAUAAAGACGAAGACGAACGCACAAAUGGUGACGGUGCAUAUGAUGAAGAUGUAGACGAAGCAGACGAUGUUACUGGCUCUGAGAAUGAAUCUAAUACCGAGUCAGGGGAUGAAAUAGAUGAAGCAAAGAAGAAAGUAGCGGAAAUCAUGCAGAAAACUCCCAUAAUGAAAAUGUCGUCUGAGCGGAUGGAAGCUAUUGCAAAGGUGACUGAUGAUCAAUUGAUGGUUAGAGAAAACGGAGAGAAAAGAUGGCAAUGUUCUCUCUGUAUUAAGAACUAUACAACCCGUCAUAAUCUCAUCACUCACGUACUUGGUCAUUCCGGAGUGAAACCUCAUAAGUGCCCGCUGUGCAAGAAGUCUUUCAAACAGUAUUCUCACGCUCAAACUCAUCUAUUAACACAUUCUAAAGUUAAACCCCACAAGUGUUCCUUAUGCUCAAAGUCUUUCACUCAAACGUCACACCUGAAACGACAUCUGGCGACGCAUGCAAAAACUAAACCUUAUGCGUGCGAUCUAUGCGGAAAAGGUUUUGCCUUUCCUUCCGAAUUAAAAUUACACAAAGGGAAGCAUGAAAAGAAUAACGAAUGUGCAGAUUGUGGUAGACAAUUCAAUAAUUUGACGAAGCUGAAACGUCAUGUUCUAAACGAACAUAGGCAUAAGGCGUGUACCGACCUUUCUUGCCCAGAAUGUUCUAAAGUAUUCGUUUAUCCUAGUCAGUUAAAAGAUCAUCGAACAAAACACAACGGAUCGCGUCCUUUCAUUUGUAGCGAAUGUGGAAUGGAUUUUAUGAAAGAGCACCACUUAAAGGCUCAUCAGUUCACGCAUAGUGGAUUAAAGCCAUUCGUAUGCGAGGUUUGUGGAAGAUCUUUCAAUCAGAAGGCAAAUAAACAACGCCAUCUCCUGACGCACAAUAAACUUAAAGACUAUAGGUGUGACGAUUGUGGAAAACUUUUCUCCCAACCGCAAACUUUGAAAGCUCAUCUGGUUAUACACGCCGAAAAGAAGCCUUAUUCGUGCAACAAUUGCGGUCGAGAAUUUACGAGAUUGCAUAACCUACAAGCUCAUAUGCAUAUGCAUAAUAUGUCCAAGCCACAUGUUUGCUUUUGUGGAGCAAGUUUUACUUUGAAAGGCAAUUUGAAUCGACACCGAAAAUCGAAACAUGGUAUUAGCGUUAGCACGGAAGAAGAGAAGGAGGCGGCUAAGAUACUUAAUUCAAUGUCUCGUCAAGUGAUCGAAGUAGACGAUUCCUCUUCGCCGAAGCAUAAACGCAAAUCUGUACCUCAUCGAUUACUCUUGAGCGAUCAAUCCAAGAGGAAAAUAGUAAUGGAAGAGGGUGAUAAUAAAGGGGUAAUUGAAGAUGAGGUCAAAAAAGGAGAAGAGGAAGAGGAAGGGGAAUUAGAAGAAACAGGUGAAGAAGAUUAUUACGAAGAGGAAGGAGACGAAGGGAACAGGUGA